AUGGCAUCAUACGAAGCAGAAAAUAACAUGAACCUCAUGCCAUGGGGGCCCAGCUAUGUAGAUCAAGCGCAGGCAGUUCAUAAUCGCCAGGCUCAUCGACCAAUCCCAAAGGGUGGUGAAGAGCUGCCCAACGUCGACAUUACACAAAACAAGGAAAGAGGUUUCCUUCACCCAACCAUUGAUUCCCGCAGACAAAUCCGAGUCUUAAAGAUUCUCUCCGAAACUACGACAAAGGAUUUGGUCUGUGAAUAUGACAUUGUCGACUUCGAUGGCGCGUCCACCAACAGCUACUUCGCCCUGUCAUAUACAUGGGGGAGCGCAACAGGGGCUGAUGACGUUCAUGACAUACUCAUCCUCGAAGGUUCAAAGCAAAAAGUGCCAUUUUGCGUCCGACGAAAUGUUUGGGAGUUCUUGACCAGUGAUGUUGUUCAAAAGAAACUCAGCGGCCGUCCCAUCUACAUCGAUGCUCUAUGCAUUAACCAGAUGGACAAUGAUGAAAAAGGGCACCAGAUCCAGCUGAUGCAGUCCGUUUACUCUCAGGCACUUGAGGUCAUCAUCUGGCUGGGAUCAUCUAUAGUUAACGAUAAAGACGAUUUGAACCUGCAGAGUUUGCAGGAACAUGGUGACUGGGUCUGGACAAAAAAACGGGCCAUGGGGGCAGGAGCAGGAAUAGGAGGCAAUGCCUAUAGCCCUGCUGACAAGCAGAAGUUCGCGGUCGAGUUCAUCAGCUCGCAACCAUACUGGAGUCGGACUUGGAUUAUCCAGGAGAUUAUGCUUGCCUCAGAUAUCAGCAUAAUCGUGGGCAACUAUAUAUUUCCAUGGUCACGGGUCGCCAAGUUAGGGCCGCAAUCGAUUCAGUCGUCGUUGUGGCACAAGGACUCUCACGGGCUUCCCUUGAUGAACAUGACGUUCGUCGAGGGCCAGAUGCGCUUUGGCCAAAGAUCUGCAAUGUUCGGCUUACUUGAACGCAAAAUCAAAUGGGACUCUGAACUCGCAUUGGAUACAGACGAAGGGAAAAGCAAAACUUAUUUCUUGCCCUGCUACGUUGCCUUCGGCACAUUUGCCGAGCAUGCUUGUUCCGAUCCACGAGAUAAGUUCUACGCCAUGCUCGGCCUUGUGGAGGAAGACAUCCGCAAAGAUAUAGUUCCGGACUAUCAUCUUGGGGUCCAUGAGGUUUACACAGUUGCUCUUACCGCUGGCUUCCGCUCCAUCAAGGCACAUUUGCAGGAUUCGUUGAAGAUGCGGCUAGAAGCCUUCGGCAUCCUAGCGGCACACUUACACGAAGCGUUCGGUCUUCAAGAAGUGGACAUCUGUGAUUCCAGAGCUGCCGUUCUGGCAGAACCUUCCAUUUAUGUUGAUAUCCAAUCUGAUCUCGCGGAAGCCCGCCUCCUUGAGGAUGAUACCGGACUCAGAUACAGGCACGCUCAAGCCUGUCGUUCCAACCAUGCACCUAAUAGCUGCCAACCUCAUUGUCUCUUGACCGGGCUGGUACAAGCUUCGGACAAUUCAUCUUCACCUGUGUUGACGGAUAAAGAGUCUGGUAAACAACCAGAUCCUGUUUCAAACCUCUCUUUGGCCAUCCACAUUCGAGGUACAGCCUCAGGCGGCGGACCGUUGGAUUACCAAGGCUUUGAAUACGGCCAAUGGAGCGGUCGAAGCUCACUUCGCAGCAUCCAGAAUCUUGGUAUGCGACCAGAAGUACCCACAGGGACGAGCGACGCAACGAAGUAUAGGCAAUGCCUGUUCUACACGGACAAGGAGAGGGCGGACGGCGACAUGUACUGGAUGGUUGAUAGUCCGCACGGGAGCUACACGGCCCCGAUACACAUACGCCGAAGGACAGACAGCAGCGACGGCUGGACAGUCUCUUACGAAGACGCCAUUCCCAAACCUCACCACACAACCUGCGAUCGUUGCGAAAAGCCGAUCGUAGCCAUGAGAUACCACUGCCUCCAGUGCCUGGACUUUGACUUAUGCUCACCGUGCAUGAAAGAAGCCGGCCAAUCCAAAGACGAGCACGUUGACCAGCACCACUUCGAGAUAAUCUACCAUCCUGCCUCCAGCAUGAGCCACACCACAAAUCCGCUGAGAUACCUCGCGCUCAACUUCCGGAGGGUGCCCUAUCGGAUGCAUCCCGGCGUCUUCGACUCGUACCUGCACGACCCGGACCCGGGCGCGGCGGUGAAAAACUGCCUUGCGUGUGGUAUAAUGUUCCCGUGGAGUCCCCGCGAGGGCGUAUGGCCGCCCUAUUGGGUUGCCAACUUGAACAUCAUGACGUGGACUCCAGCCGGCGAGGGCGUGCCGCAUAUUCGUUGCAUGGGCCUGCGUCUGCGCGAUUCCGACCCGACCGAUCGUCCUCCUACUCCCAUGCCGGGAGGAUACAGGUUCUUCGGGCAGAUACAGCUAUGCGCCAUUCGCCAGCAGCUCGCAGAAUGGGCAUCUUCCUUCUCGCCACCCGUCGAACUCAGUCCCGACGUGAAUCUAGUUGAGCUCGUAGACAGGCGGCGCAAAGAACGAGAGGCCAGGGACGGCGAGAGUGUGGGUGGAGGAGGAGAGAUUGUCCUUUUGCUUGCCUUCCCACCGCUGCCUCAGACUGAUGGAGUGGAAAGUGACGACAUCAUCGAGGAGGAUGGAUUCUGGGCCCUUGGGCUGCCACGAAGCUGUCGUCCCGGCGAGGACCAGAACGACGUUCCCACCACUCCGGUGAUGCACUUCUGGAGCGUGGACGCUAUUGGCAAGGCCAAUGUAGCGAAAAUGAAAGCAGAUGCCGGUCGGCAACUGAAACUACUUCCCACUAAAGCCGAUGCACCUAUGGCGGAACGGCAAUGGGUGACGUUUCGUUGGUAA